AUGGCGAGCAUGAGAUAUUUUGACAUCGAAGGAGCUGAGAUUCUGUGGCCGGGGACGGCCGAGGCACCAAAUGGCGGGGCGCCGGCGUGGCCGGGGCUAGUCUUCCCAGGCGUCGUGCUCGCCGACUUUCCAAGCGUCCUGUAUCGACACCUCUCAUUGAUUAUGGAACAGCGCAAACCUCCAGAAUACUUGAUUGAGGUUUUUGCAGAUCCGACAUGUAUCAAGGACGUAGUUCGCGAACCUGAACUCGAAACUUUGAUCGACACUCGAGUUGGUCAGCUGGUUAGGCAGUUGAACUCCACGUCGUCCCCCAAAAGCAGCAUUCGCGGGACUCUGACUGUCCAUUUCUUCGAGAAGAAGAGACGGAAAGGAAGCAGUGGACUAGGCUGGUUCACGACAGCAAAAGGGGAUGAAGAGAUAUGCUGGGAGAAAUGGACCUUAGAAGUCACCCUUGCGACACCAAGGACAGAAGACGAACGUAUAAAGGUCAUGAGGGCUAUUGGAUCGUCACUGCAGAAGACGGCAAUGAAUAUUGUGACCAUUGUCAAUCGUGACAAGGAACACAUCCCUCUAAUUACUACCUACGAGUCAAAUCCAUUCCCAUAUAGCAUUGAUAUCAAUCCACGUGUGGAGGGCUGGGGCAAGGGUAUCGGCAUGUUUUGA